AUGGGGUGCAAGAAGCUACAAUAUGGCAGCAGCCAUGUCCUCCUCCUAAUAUUGGUAGCAGCAGUCUCUUGCUGCUUGUUCUCACCUACCAUGGUCCUUUCAUCAUUUGAAAGGAACAACGACGACGAUGACAAUCAACAACGACUAUUAUUCAAUCAAUGCAAGAACUAUGAGGGCUCCUCUGACCUGGUGAACCUUGAGUACCACAUGGGUCCUGUCCUGGCUGCUUCCCCCAUCAAGCUCUACACCAUAUGGUAUGGUCACUGGAACCCAACCCACCAAUCCAUCAUAAGAGAUUUUCUUCUGUCUCUCUCAUCAUCAUCAUCAUCAUCUUCAUCCCCGCCUUUUCCCUCUGUUGCCGACUGGUGGCACACCGUUCGUCUCUAUACUGACCAAACAGGUGCUAAUAUCACUGGCAACAUCAUCCUCUCAGGAGAGUACUAUGACUCCCAUUACUCCCAUGGUGCCUCGCUUACCCGAUUGACGAUGCAGUCCAUCAUCAAGACUGCAACUACAGCAGCCGCAGCUACCAACAACCAUCAACGUCGACCACCACCAGUAGCACCACUACCUCUAAAUCCUUACGACGGUCUUUAUUUGGUAUUGACAUCCUCAGACGUUCAAGUCCAGGACUUCUGUAGGGCAGUAUGUGGGUUCCACUACUUCACCUUUCCGGCUGUGGUGGGUGUCACUGUGCCGUAUGCGUGGGUAGGAUACAGUGGAGUACAAUGCCCAGGGAUUUGUGCAUAUCCAUUUGCAUGGCCUAACGUUAACCCCCCCAAUUCAGGCACCUACCAAUUAGGGGAAGGUCCCAACAACAACAACAACAACAACAACAUCAUGGGAGCUCCAAAUGGGGAUGUGGGUGCGGAUGGAAUGAUCAGUGUAAUCGCACACGAGCUGGCUGAAGUGACAAGUAACCCACUUGUGAAUGCAUGGUAUGCCGGGAAUGACCCAACUUCACCCACUGAGAUAGCUGACUUGUGUGUUGGUGUGUAUGGGUCUGGAGGAGGUGGAGCUUAUCCUGGCCAGGUUUAUAGAGACUCCUGGGGUAAGGGUUUCAAUUUGAACGGGAUAAAUGGAAGAAGGUUCUUAGUGCAAUGGGUGUGGAACCCAAUUACUAGUAGAUGCUUUGGCCCCAAUGCCAUGGCGGACUAG